ACCCAGCGUCUGUAGCGCCGGAACUGCCAGCGUAGGGUUCUCUUGCGGGAGAGGGAGGGGAUGGAGGGGCGGAGGGUCACUCGCUCCAGCUGGGACGGUCCACGCGGUGGAAAACCCUCCCCUCCCCUCCGUUUCCCGCCACAUCCCGGCCAGUGAGGUGACUCGGGCACCUAUAUAUGCCGCCGCAGGCCUGUCAGAGGUCACAUAUCACUCACAGCGUCCUGUCGGUCACAGCACAGCGUUCAGCUGCCCACUGUAACACCUUCUCCAAAUACCCGUCACAGUCAGAACCAUGUCCCGUCGCGGCGUUCUGGUGCUGGUUCUUCUGGCGGCCGUGGCCGUCACCUGGGCCAGUCCGCAGUGGAGGAGCCACAGCCGCUUCCAGUCGUCUCGUCCCAACUAUGGCCGGGCGGCGGCCAACGCGGCCACACAGGCGGCCGGUAGCCGGUACGGCCUGGGCGGCAGCUGGAGUCCCAAGGCGGGAGGAGUGCGCGUCUGGCAGUCCCGCAACGGCCGCGCCGGCCUGGGCCUGGGCAUCAGUACCGACGGCAGGCGCAACCACGGCGUCGGUCUCGGCUUCAAGCUCAAGUUCUGAGCGGCCACCAGUCGCCAGUCAGGGACGUGCAGACAUUAGGGCUCAGGGACGGGAGGGGACAGGGCUGGAGAGGUAUUUGCGUCUCCACCCGGUGCGCUCUUGUACGAAAUCGACGGGAUUGACGACCCACGCAGCACAGAGUUCUAGUUGUGGCGGUGAUGUGUGCUGCAUCCUAUUGUUACCUGUUAUCGCUCUGAUGGAGGGAAAAUGAUAACAAUAAACUUAUACAAUCGUGCAUUGUUGUUCUAUGCAGUCACUUUGAAAUACGUGAUGUGUGGCUGAAGCACUGUUUUCUGCUCAUGCCCUGGAGUAGCAGCCAUGGUGGAGGCGAGUAAUUUUCGUUCACAAGAAACUGUUCACGGACCGAUGACCGACCUUCGAGAAAUACAUAUAGAUGGAAACCAUAA